AUGGAUCCAGUUGCUGGGAUACUUUUGGCACAUACUAAUUCAAAUGCCAACAGUGGAUUGAAUUUCAUGGAAUUCAUGGAUGAGCCAGGAUCCGGGAAUAAACUAGAUGUUGACUUUGUGGACAAGACAAUUAUUUCAAGCACAUCAGUUGAGCUUAUUAAAAAGGAUGAUCUGUUUUUGUUGAAAAUACCGUCUCCUUAUAACCAAUUGAAGAUUAUCCUUACUGAUGACCUAAUAGAGAAUAUCCACAAUCUCAGUUAUUCCCUUGAUGGCGGACAAAAUAAAACUGAAAUCACCUCGAAUCCUUUUUGUGUUUCAUUAGCAAAACUCUUUUCCCAUACUGUGUUUGCCCUAUACAUUCAUGACAAACCCUCAGCAUAUUCUACUUUUUCAUUCUACAAGAUUAAACAGCUGCCUGCAGUAUCGUUGACUGAGCAGUUGGAGUCAAGCUCCUCACUUCCUGUUCCUGGGAUCCUUGUUUCAGAUAGUUCUACCUCCGUUGAUCAAUCGCCUGUUGCAUUUCCAACACCAAAACAUGCCUCUGAAGAAAUCGGUCAGUCAUGCCCGUUUCCCUGCACAUUAGAAGAUGGACCUGAGUUUCGACGUACUUUAGCAGAGUAUGAUUUCAAGCUUACACGCCUGCUGAGUACCCUAUCAAGAACGAAAGCUUCCUUAGAGGAGUUUGAAAACAUUCUUGCCGAAAUGUCCAACUCUCAGGUUGUUCUUUCUCACUCUCUAGCUGAUAUAUACAAGCUUAGUCUACCGUCCAGUUUAAAGAAUAAGAUUUCCCGCGGUGUUCAAGAAAAGGCCAUGGAAACUAAUUUGCAGACGAUGUUUGGAGAAAAGUCCAAGGUAGCCAUGAAAGAAAUAAAGAAUCGCAUUGGCUCGAAGCCGAUCAGUGCGGAUGCGUUGCUUUCGAGGAAAAAAAUAUUUGAAGACGAAAGUAAAAGGUAUUAUGAUUGGCUUUCGAAAUACUUGAGCUCCGGAAAAGUGAAGGAAGAAAAGCUUCUUUCAAGAUUGAAGGCAUUCACUAUUGCCAAAAUUGACUAUCUUAACGUCAUGUAUAACUCUUUGAUGCACAUAUUCUUGAAGUUUGUCUCAAACAGCGAUGAAGGAAAGAAGCUCAACGAAACGUUCUUGAGUAACAAAAAGAAAAGGAUAGAGUUCAGGUCGUUUGUCGGGCAUUGCAAUUCACUUGUCAAAUUUAAGUCACAGAUACGUAAUUUUAACAAACUCUCGGCAGGUGAAAAGUCCGGUAUUUUGUUCACGCAGGGUGGACAAGGAAGAUCAGGAUGGCAUAAGCAAUGGGUCAUUCUCCACUCUGGAAAAUUAUCUGAAUAUAUUGAUUGGAGAAAGGGCCGUUCGCUUCGAAAUGAACCAAUAGAUAUUUCGUUGUGCAACAUCAAGUCAUGGGAUUCCGAUAAAAGAAAGAACUGCUUUAGAAUUAUGACCAGUUCGGGAGUAGAAAGAUAUUUCCAAGCAAUAGAUAUUAAUGAAAGAGACGAGUGGAUGCAAGCAUUGUUUGAUGCAGGUCAGCAAAUUCGCUUCCACAGAAAUAGUGAGCUUUCUAAUAAGGCGCAGCAGAAGACAGUUUUAUCAGUUAGUAAAGAUGAUAGUGAAAUGACAAGAAGAGUAUCGUCUGUCACAUUGGCUAACUUGAAUGCAGUGCAGAGAGCUUCUAAGAGCAAUUUUAAAUGCUGCGAUUGUGGUUCUAGUGAAGGGGUGGAAUGGAUAUCUGCAAACCUUCUAGUUGUUUUUUGCAUCAAAUGUUCUUCAUGCCAUCGAUCUUUAGGAACGGGUAUUUCUAAGGUAAGGUCAUUAAAGCUUGAUUCAUUUACUCGAGAGGGUAGAUGUCUACUUGACCAAAUCGACAACUCUGCUUCAAAUUCGUUUUAUGAGGCAUUGCUUCCGGCCGGGCAAAAAAUUAAGGAGGAUGCUUCUGACGACGAUAGACUCAACUUCAUAAACCAAAAGUAUGUUGCAAAGUCUUGGAUUAAGAAACCAGACAGUGAUCCAUCGCAACUUUUGAUACAUGCAAUUCGGGAACAUAAUAUACGAGAAAUUGUUCAAAGUAUAGAACUUGGGGCAGAUGUGAACCUGACCAUCACGAAACCAAUUAAAACGGAAGAUGAUAAUUCUCCUGCAAGCGUGCUGUUCAGUGUGUUUGAGUAUGCACUUGCUCAUCCGUUCAGCUCUAGAAUAGACGGAAAACCCGUUUUUGAUUCGGCAGAGCUGCUAUUGUUGAAUGGUAGUCAUUGCGGAGUCAAUACCGAUAGUAAUAUAGAGCUUUCAGACAAUGCACUUCAUUAUUGGCAAGCCAGGAUUGAUAAGAGAAAUGGGAAUAAAAAUGGGGUAAAUCUCAAGAAUUUGCAUCAGACUACAGCUAUUCCGCCGCAUAUUUCUUCAACUCGUGUCUCUCAGCAUGGAAAUGGAUCCCAUAGACUUACAAUAAACACGGCAGCUCAGAUGCUUUCAAGAUCAAAGGAUAGUCUUAGAUCACCGAGGGUAAAGAUAAAUAAUUUUCUUCGGAUGAAGAAUAAAAACUGA